ACGAUUCUGUGAAUGAUCACCUGAAAUUUUUCUCGCGAAACUGUGUUUUAUUUAUUUGUUUUUUUGUUAUAAAAUAUUUUUUUAAAUAUCCUGAACAAUAGUAUGUACAUCAGAAAACAACGAUUUACAGUAUAGGUACAGUGGUUAUUGUGAAAUAAAUCAUUUUCUCGUUGACGGCUGAUGACAGCGGUAUCCGCCAUGACACCUCUAAAAUCUAGUGAAAAAUGAGUGCAUAUCUUUAUCUUCAUUUUUAAUUAUGAUGAAGUAAUUAAUGUUAUUAUAUUGUUGUUUUCCGAGGUGAAGAAUAAAAUAAGCUUUCGAUUAAGUCCUAAAUUAACUAAAUUCAUCCAUUUUUGACGCCGUCAUUUGUAGAGAAAAAUUUGCUAGGAACUUUCUAGGGGGAAAUCUGUCUACAGCCCAGCCUUAAUGACGCCGAGUGUAUAUUAUAACUUAGGGAAUUUUAUUUUUAUCUACAACACAAUCAUAGGUGUUUUUUUUACCCGCCACUAGAGGUGUGGUCGUAGCACUCGUGUCGCCACAGCCUAGCCUGAAUGAAGCUGAGUGUAAAUAAAUUGUUGUCGUUUGAUCAACUUACACAUUGUAAUAUUAUUAGGUUAUAAAUCACACUUUUCAAUUAGCUUAUUUAUAAAAAACAUAUUCAAAUAAAAAUUUAUUAUAAUAAAUAUAAUAACAUAUCAUGAUGUCGCGUUCUGUGCGUGCAGAAACGAGAAGCCGUGCCAAAGAUGAUAUAAAACGUGUUAUGCAAGUUGUAGAUAAGGUUCGACAUUGGGAAAAAAAGUGGGUGACUAUAGGAGAAACUACAAUGAAAAUUUACAAAUGGGUUCCAAUCUCUACACUCGAACAGAAAAAGAAAGCAAAAUCUUCAGCUGAUAAAGAGAAUGGUUUAACUAGAAAGAAUAAUGUUGAUUCAACUAAUUCAAAUUUUGGUUUAACAGAGGACUCGAAUACAUGUUUUUCAACAGUCAGUGAUUCUCAAGGUUUAACUGAUUUUUCAACUCAUUUAGCAUUUUCUGAAGAUUCGAAUUCACAAAACAGUGAACUUCCUUCGAAAGUACUUAAGGCUGACUAAAUAAUUAAGAUUAUAAAAAUCACUUAAUUUCAAUUGUCACGAUGAUAUUUCCUAUUACAAUUUACAAAUCAAUACUUUUUAUUUGUGAAGUACAUUGAAAUAUUUAAGAGAAACUUGGAUCUACUUUUAUAAUUUUGUCGUUAAUCUAAUGAAUUUCUGAAAAAUUUGUUGCUUUUGUUUACAAACUAAUACGAGUAUUAACAUUUUUGUAAAUAGUAUUUAAUAUCACCUUUCUUAUAU